UAUCUGUUGAUGCUUGUUACUGAAUCUUAUGCACCGUUUCUUUGCAGCAUCAAAGAAUUUGCUAAGCAAGUGGAAAAGCGGCCCCGAAGUGCUUCAAAGAGUGGAAGAGUUUUACAACCUUGGGGCACGUAAAAGAUCCAGAAAAAACAUUCUAACAGCACGUAAAUUGGAGAAAACAUCUCUUUGGAGAUACAUAAGUGACGAAAUGUUUGAGAACGUGUUUGCUGAUAUAACUGAUGCAGACGACCUGUAUGAAGCUCUGAUGCAGGAUGCUGAAAGAAAUCAGCAGAGCCAGGAAACGGUGGGUGGAGGUUUCGAGGCAGCUAUGCGUGCUGCAGAAACGUCCAAAGCCAAGAAAGCGGGAGAGAAACGAAAAUCAACCGAGGAUAUACCUGAAAGAAGGAUGAAACAGAGAGAAGAUCCUCCUGGUAAAGGAAAAUCGAAAAGCACUGGGGGCAGCGGGAAGAAAGCAACUGAAAAGGCGACUGCUAACGUCAGCGAUGGGAUGGAAAUGCCCAGAAAACUCCUUCACGACGCCAUUGCCUCGGGACCCAGAGGCAGGGGAGGUGGUCUUAUCAGUACCACUGCGAGUGCGUCGGCUGCCAUUGUUCUGGAUGAUGAUUCAGACAACAGUGAAAGGGACACGAUGCCUUUAACUAGGAGGUUACCAAGCAUUAGGACAGCCAGGGUAGAGACUGCUGAACCAGGGGAGACACGAGCUACCGAGAAUCGUGGAGAAUUUGACCCCACAACUGACAGCUACGUUGAUGCAAACGCGGUAUCAGAAGUUGCCAGGAGUGAAGCUAUGGCAAGCGGAUCUAGGACUGAGUUGGCGACAGCGGGUAACCAAGAAGUGGAGGACACUGCCCAAGGUGGGGAGAAUAUUCAGCCUAGGCUAAGGUUGAACGUCACGGGAAGUGAAAUGGAAGAAAUAUCAAUAUGGAUUCCCAAAUCUUUGACCGUCUCUUCUGCUCCCGUACUUCCGCCCGUUGGGAUUAGGAAAAUGGUCUUCCCUGAGGACGCCAAAAAAUUAGAUGCCAUGCCUCUUCCUAGUCAGUUCAACUACUCAGUGGCUCAUUGCUUUACUGCACUCCAAGGAGUACUCAGGUCUGGAGAGAAUGCCAUUGGCAGUUUGAGCAAAGAGAGGACUGAAAAGGAGAGACUAGAAGGCAUGGUAAAGGGGCUGGAAGACAACUUGGCCAAUGUCACGUCUGCACAAAAAGAUUCAGAGCAUCAACUGAUUGGGGAGAAGAACAAGAAUACUCAAAUGUCUGCUCAAAUCUCAAGAUUGGAAGAGAAAUUGAAAGAAGCAGAUGAGCAGCUCCUGCAAUCAACUGAAUCAUUGAGUGCAUUGGAAAAGAAAAUACAUGACGAUGCAUAUAAAGCCACUCAAUUCGAGUCAAGGAUCGACCAAGCAAUCAGAGAUGCUCAGUACUUCAAGGAUUGCUGGGAAGGAGUCACCAAACAACUGGAGAGUGCCGAGGCCAAAGUGAACACACUGGAAUUCCAGGUACACCACCUGGCUGACCAACUUGGUGAUGUUUCCAGAGAGAAAGACCUGUUAAACAAAGCGUUGGCAGCGCAGACAAUGAAGACAGCAGAAAAGGUUGAAAUGGCCAAGAAAAUGGAGGAAAACUACCUUAUCAAGAUAGGGGCCAUGGGAGGUGUCGGUCAAGCUGCAGAGAGGUUCAGAUUGCUAACCCAGUACAAAAAGAAUGAGCAUCCGAAAUGGGAUGUGGACUUGAUGCUCAAGAAGGCUGUGGUAGUACUUGAAAACUACCAGCCUAAUAAAAGAUGGGUUGUGAAUGAAGAAGCAAUUGGAGAACCUAACAUCGAAAAAGACCUGGCGCCUCCAGAGAGUGAUAUCCCCACUGUUGAACAACUGCCCAUUGAGGCCCGUGAAUCGCCAAUACCUGGCACUGUCACAGAAGAUGCUCCAUCUGAAGUUCCUCCGACUCCUAGGAUUGAAAAUUCAACUUCUGAGCCUGAAAAUGCAGAUGAGGAUAUCCCACGUGCGAAUCCUCCCAUUACGUCGGAGGCCAUUGAGAUUGAAGCGACAACAGAGACUAUUUGA